CAAUGGCAAAAAUGUUUCAGACGAAAGUGGAUCGAAUUUAUUGUGUUUUACAGGAUAUUUAACCAUUACAUAUGACAUUCCUGCAACUUUGCAGCGGAUAUUAUAACGGCAUAGGACAUCUGGAGAUUCCACCGUUCCUCAGACAUGCUUUUAUGCUUCAUGAUCCUAGUGGCACUGCUGUUCGAUACGGUUAUUGCAGACGUUUGUAUAUUUAAAGAAUUCUCGCCCACUAGCAUUGAGAUAUCUACUCAAGACCAUGAUCUACAAGAUUAUGACUACUGUCAGUAUUAUAUAGAAAGCAAAGACAACAGAAGUGACGGAUUUAUAUUAACGUUUACAGAGAUUAGUGGCUUUGAUUCCACGCCUGUUGAUAGCCAGACUUACACAUCGACACACAGCAAAAGUGAUAGAAUAUUUUCGACAGUAGCAACAAAAAUGGCCACAAGUCCAAAGAGUGAAGAUUCAGCGAAAAUGGCCACAAGUGCUGAGUCGGCGAAAAUGGCCACAAGUUCAAAAAAUGCUGAUUCAGCAGGUUGCUUACCUAGCUUGGAUAUAACUGAGAUUAAUAACAAUGGAGUUGAAACAAAUUUAGGAAUAAUAUGUAAAAAGUAUAAAAACUAUGAUAGCCCACAAGUCUUUCAAGGGUCUAGCUACAGAGUACGGGUCACCUAUCACUGGAUACCAGAUCAUUUUUCUUCAUUUCGUCUUACUAUCAAUUUUAAGUCAAAAGAAGGUCAAUGUGGGUAUAGAUGUGGUAGCGGGGAGUGUCUUAGUGAUGCGUACAAGCAAUGUGAUGGAUUCGCAGAUUGCAGUGAUAGGUCAGAUGAAGAAGAUUGCAGUGCAGUAAAUGGUGCGAAUUUAUCAAGUAAAGGGACUAGCAAUCCUGAAAAAUAUGAUGGUUCAGUUAGUUUUCUACAAAUAAUUGUGAUAGUAACAGCAGUGGUGGUUGCCGUAGCAGUGAUGCUUUGUUUGUUUAAGCAUUGUUAUUGGUCAGGAUCUCCACAGUGGCAUAGCAACCACCAUAACCACCACCAUCUUGAAAAUGGCCGACAUCAAUGCCACCAGGAUGACCUCCAGCCUUUAAAUUCGGAGGUAGUAUAUGUGCCAAGCAGAUCUCAUAGAGAGGGCCGGGGACCCCAUCAACAUAGUCACCAGGUUAGGUUACAGGGCGUCCAGACUGACCCAGUCAUAGACAUGCCCCCUCACAUAGCCAUCUCCUGGGAUGGUGAGGAAGGGUAUAUCAGUAGUCAACGUAUGCUACAAAUGUCCAAUAACGAUGCUUCACGGGAGGAUUCUCACAGUGAUUCUGUGCGUCCUCCUCCUAAUAAGACUGUAUUUGACCGAGAGAGUCCUCCCCCGUACAGAGCCAGAUCUCAGUCUAUGCUUGAUAGCUCUAGACAAACAGACUUUAAGCCGGGACGUACAAGACAUUUCCCACAACGGACCGCAUGCCCUAAUAUGGGGCAUUCUCGCAGUAGUAGUGGCAGCAGUAACCAUAGUAACCAAACUAUAGACCCCCCGCCAGAUUACAGCUAUAGCCAGGCCUUAUAUGGCGGCACUGGCAAAUCUAUGGAUAGUUAUAAUAAUAAUCGACAUAGCGAUGGUGGUGUAUGA